AUUUGACACAUUUUUUGAUAGAGUUAAUGGGGUGUACAUAGUCAAUUUCAGGUAUACAGGUUUUUUUAGAUAGAAGUCGCCUAGAUCUAACCAAUAAACGUGCUGCCACAUGAAGACAAUAAGAAAUUGUAGGUUUUGGUAGUCUGACAAAAUGGUUUGAACACCAAAGAUGGUGCUGCUACUGGUGAUCUUAAUAGGAAUCUUCUUACAGCCAUCAUAUGCCCAAGAUACCCCAGUAGUAACUGUUCUGAGCAACCAGUACUCUGUGAAUAUUGGGGCCAGUAGAACACUUGAAUGUACUGUAACAGCAUCACCCACUCAUAAUAAUGUAUAUUGGCAGAGAAACAUCAAUGGGGUAUCUACCACAAUUACUGUCAAUAACAAUAAAUACAGCGGUUCCACAGUUAGCAAUCCUUCACUGACCAUUAAUAAUGCUGAUAAUAAUGAUGAAGGAUUUUACAUUUGUUUCGCUACCAACAGUGUAGGACUUGGACAGAGUGCCAACACAUUCCUGGAUGUUCUUGGAAGUACACCUUCUGUCGUCGUACCUCAGCCUACAUACUCAGUUAAUUUCGGAGGAACUGUAACUCUUACCUGUACAAUAUCAGCCAAUCCUGCACAUAGCAGUGUAUAUUGGCAGAAGGUCGUUAAUGGUGUUUCUCAACCAGUCACUAUUGGUAACAGAUAUACUGGAUCAACAGUUUCAAGUCCUUCUCUAACUAUCUCCAAUGCUGUCCAGAAUAAUGAAGGAUUCUAUGUUUGCUAUGCCAUAAACAGUGUUGGUACAGGAAACAGUCAACAGACCUUUUUGGAUGUUCAAGGAAAUAUACCUGUUGUUCAAGUGCUCCAAAACACAUACACCGUUCAAGUUGGAAACGUUGUGACCUUACAAUGUACAGUGACUGCAAACCCUACACACACUUCAGUACAAUGGCAGAGAUUGGUUAACGGUCAAACAACAACCAUCAACCUUGGCAGUGUUGGCAAAUACUCCGGAUCUUCUGUCAACACACCAUCUCUUACUAUAAACAAUGCUGCUAACUCGGAUGAAGGCUAUUAUAUCUGUCAGGCUACUAACUCUGUUGGUACAGGUCAAAGUUCACAGACCUACCUUGAUGUAACUGGCAGUGUAUUAACAGUUGUUGUUGCUCAACUACAGUACAGUGUUAACUAUGGAAACGCCAUUACCCUUGUAUGUUCUGUCAGUGGUUCACCAUCGGCUACAUCUGUGUACUGGCAGAAACUGAAAAAUGGACAAACAACUACCAUUAAUUCUAACACAAAUACAAACAAAUACUCAGGAUCAAGUACACAAAAUCCAUCACUGACGAUUAAUAAUGCUGAUGAUACCGAUUCUGCUACGUAUACCUGCUUUGCUGUUAAUUCUAUUGGUCUUGCAAACAGCCAGCAGACAUCCCUCUCAGUUGUUGGAAAUCUGCCAAUAGCCACAAUUGGUUCAAAUCAAUACGCUAUCAUUGUUGGAGGAUCUGUAACACUAGGAUGUAGUGUUAGUGGCAACCCUGCUGUCACAUCUGUACAAUGGACAAGGGAAGUUAAUGGACAGAAUCAGAAUAUAGUCAUAAGUAGUAAUAACAGAUAUAGUGGUGGUUCCGUCAACUCACCAUCCCUGGUCAUCUCAAACGUUGCCAAUAGUGAUGAAGGAUAUUAUAGGUGCUCAGCUACAAACAUUGUUGGAACAGGUGUAUCUCAGCAAACAUUCUUAGACAUAACUGGAAGCAUACCAAUUGUCACUGUUCAACAAAGCCAGUAUAGUGUUACUGUUGGAAACAGUGUGACCUUGACUUGCACAGUGACCUCUAACCCUACACAUACCAGUGUUAAAUGGGUAAAAACAUUGAACAAUGCCAACAAUGACGUAGAAGUGACCGGCAGGUUCAGUGGCGCUACAGUCAAUGGACCAUCUCUGACCAUUAGUAACUCUGUCAAUUCUGAUGGUGGAUAUUAUACAUGUUAUGCUACAAAUAGUAUCGGAACAGGACAGUCUCAGAGUACUUUCUUGAAUGUCAUAGGAAAUGCUCCACAGGUUAAUAUUCUUGCUCCCACAUACAGUGUUAAUGUAGGAAGUUCCGUUACACUCCAAUGUUCUGUAUCAGCCAACCCUAUACACACAUCAGUCUACUGGAAGAAGAUAGUUAAUGGUGUUGCUCAAGAUAUAAAUGUGGGCACAUCUAACAAUAAAUACGGUGGAUCAACAGUAAGCUCACCAUCACUGACCAUUAGCAAUGCCGUUGUUGCAGAUGAAGGAUUCUAUGUAUGCUAUGCUGAGAAUUAUGUAGGAACUGGCCAGAGCUCUCAGACUUUCUUAGAUGUCAUUGGAAAUGCACCUAUUGCCAAUGUUCUUCAAAUAUCCUAUUCUAUCAACAUUGGAAGUGCCAUUACAUUGGGAUGUACAGUCACAUCCAAUCCUGCUCAUACAAGGGUAUUCUGGCAGAGAAUUAUAAACGGAGCUGCACAAGAGAUUACUGUGACCAACACCAAUAAAUACAGUGGAUCAACACUGAAUACACCAUCUCUCACUAUAACUGGUACCACAGCAGCUGAUGCUGGCAGUUACAGAUGUUUGGCUGAAAACAGUGUUGGUACAGGACAGAGUCAGAUAACUGUUCUCAAUGUAGCAGGAAAUGUUCCAACUGUUGUACUUACUCAGACAUCUUACACUGUUGGUUAUGGUGACACUCUGGUAAUUGGAUGUACUGUUACAUCAUCUCCUGCUCAUACCAGUGUAUACUGGCAGAGAAUAAGUGGUAAUGGUGUUACACAGACCAUCACUGUACAAAACAACAACAAAUACUCUGGUUCUACCGUACAGACACCAUCCCUGACUAUCUUAACCGCUGAUGGUAAUGAUGUCGGAGAAUACAUUUGUUUUGCAACCAACUCUGUUGGAACAGGUCAAAGUUCAAGAGGAGCUGUAGCUGUUACAGGAGGGAAAGAAGAUGACAAUCAGAUCGUACUCUAUGUUGGAGCAGUUGGUUUAUUAGUUAUGGCUAUUGGUUUUGGUAUACUUCUAUAUGUAUUCAAAAAUAAAUAUUGUUCACGAAGUAAAGUUCCUAAACAGGAAGGUGAUGACAGACACCAGCGAACGGAAGGAUCACAAGAAUUGUAUAAUUAUGCAUACAUUGAUGAACAACAGAUAACAGAUCAAAAUCCAUUCACUGUUCCUCCUAGUUUGCCAGUUCCACGAAAUGUUGAACAAAAUCAAUUAAAUGAAUCUUCUGAAAAUAAUCACAGAGGUUUUCUUAAUCAUUAUCAACCGAUAAAAGUGGCAAACAUAUAUGAACAUGAAUAUAAAACAAUAAGUGUUGAAAUUACAACAGAUAAUCAAAUCCAUGAAUAUUUACAACUCCCUGAGUAAACUAGACUUGCCUAAUAAACUUAUGAGUACAAAGACUUCAGAGAUGAAACAUCAAAUUGGACUUGGAAUCCUGUGAAAGUAAAAAAAAUGAGUCUUUUGUGUAAAACCAACAAGAAUAACAUCACGACGAAAUUGUGUUUGUUCCAUGUUAUAAUUUUGAAAAUAUGUCUAAAAUUUCCCCUGGAGAAGUCAUUCUUAAUAACAUACUGAACCGGUAAAAAUUUAGUUCAUUCUGCACCGAUUUUUUCAAAGGUCCCGUCUUACUUUAAACUGAAAACUUGAUAUAUUUAUGGGUGCAGUAAAAUUGGAAAAUAAUUUUGAAAUUACCUCAUCAGUACUUGCACGAGAACAAAAUAUACAACACACCGAAAGCAAAUCAAAAGCACUUAAGUCUGUCUAUACCUCAUACCUAUACGAGUCUUCCAUUUUUUCUAUAAGAACUCCAUAGAACGUACUCCUUUUUUAUCAAGCAAAAUGAUAAAAAGUGAAAAUAUACUGUCAGUAUUUCAAAAAUGAGAUAUUUAGGAAAAGCCAUACGAAAUUGAAAUGUUGUUAGUUUAAACAUUUUAUAUUGUUCAAAUGACAAAUGAAUGACACAAGUUUUUCAGCUUAGUUACAUUUUCUCAAAUUCAUAUAUAAACAUACACAUGAAUGAACAUUAUAUAUACCUGUCUUUAACCAGUUAUACAUUUUAGCAUGAAGAUAUAAAAUUGACAUAUAAAUUUAUCAAAAAGGAAAAUAGUUACGAUACUGUUGUCAGGUCAUUAAAGAUUGCAUAUUUUGUCUUUA